GGAGACAUUUUGACUCGAGAGAAAGCGAAACAGAUUGCGCGGAGGAGCGUCAGCCGCUGCAGAAAUCUCCAGCGGUGUCUUCUCUGUUUGCGCGUGGACUCGCUCGAGAUCGGAGCCUGUGAACGAGCCAAUCAAACCUAAGGGGAGACAAGAGAAACACCCACUUCUUCAGAUCCCUAAACAUCUGUAUCUGGAGCCCUGCAGAAGUGGAGCUGACACACUGCUGUGAGCCUGGACAUAUGAAGCCCAAGUUCCUACAGAUCUUAAUGGAAUGCAGCUGGAUACAUUAUUAAUGUCAAGCCUGGAAGACCUUUUGCCACUUUGAUGUGUGAGCACACCCUCCAAUAAUGGCCCAUAGGAUGCGCAGUGGAAAUACAGCUGAGGCAGACGUGUUCAUGUACCCCGUUCAGGUCAAGCUGCAGACUUCCUCCCACAAACACAUCUGACUUCUACAAGAUCCCAGUGAGAGUGUGUGCAUCAUGAGGCUGGUGUGGAAAUCCCUGGACAAGAUGAGGUGUCUGAGGAAACGCUCCACCAUUCCCUUCCUCGGCUUCCUCAUCACCUUCCUCCUCUUCCUGAACCUCUACAUUGAAGAUGGCUACGUGCUGGAAGGAGAUAAGAGGCAGCUCAGGGAAACAUCAGUCCACCCGUCGAGCUCGGAGCGCUACGUUCACACCUUCAGAGACCUGAGUAAUUUCUCCGGGAGCAUUAAUGUCACGUAUCGUUAUCUCGCCGGCACGCCCUUGAACCGCAAGAAGUAUCUCACCAUUGGACUGUCAUCAGUCAAAAGAAAAAGAGGGAACUACCUCCUGGAGACGAUCAAAUCCAUCUUCGAUCAGUCCAGUUACGAGGAGCUCAAAGAGAUCGUGGUCGUGGUCCACCUGGCAGACUUUGACCUGGCCUGGUGUGAGAACCUGGUGCAGGAAAUCACCAGGAAGUUUGCGCACCACAUCAUAGCGGGACGCCUGCUGGUGAUCCAGGCCCCGGAGGAGUACUACCCCUCUCUUGACGGGCUGAAGAGGAACUACAACGACCCGGAGGACCGCGUCCGCUUCCGCUCCAAGCAGAACGUGGACUACGCUUUCCUCCUCAACUUCUGCACCAACCUGUCUCACUUCUACAUGAUGCUGGAGGACGACGUGCGCUGCUCCAGGAACUUUCUGACAGGGCUGAAGAAGGUGAUCACCUCCAGAGAAGGAUCCUACUGGGUGAUGCUGGAGUUCUCCAAGCUGGGCUACAUCGGGAAGCUGUACCACUCCAGAGACCUGCCGCGCCUGGCUCAUUUCCUCCUCAUGUUCUACCAGGAGAUGCCCUGCGACUGGCUGCUCAUCCACUUCAGGGGUCUGCUGGCCCAGAAGGACGUGAUCCGCUUCAAGCCCUCGCUGUUUCAGCACAUGGGCUACUACUCGUCCUACAAAGGAGCAGAGAACAAGCUGAAGGACGACGACUUCGAGGAAGACUCCAUAGACAUUCCCGACAACCCUCCUGCCAGCCUUUACACCAACAUCAACGUCUUUGAGAACUACGACGCCACCAAGGCUUACAGCACUGUGGACGAGUACUUCUGGGGGAAGCCACCUUCCACGGGAGACUUCUUUGUCAUAGUCUUUAACAAAUCUACCAAAAUCAGUAAAAUUAAGAUUGCCACUGGUUCUGACGACCGUCAAAAUGACAUUCUCCACCACGGAGCGCUGGAGGUAGGAGAGAAACUCGUAGGAACAAAAAAAGGGAAACAGUGUUCCUCUUAUAUCACAUUAGGGGAGUUUAAAAACGGCAACAUUGAGGUUCAAGACGUAGACCACAAAAUUGCCUUUGACAUUGAGUGUGUUCGUAUCGUGGUGACAGCCAGUCAGAAAGAAUGGCUCAUUAUUAGAAGCAUAAGUUUAUGGACUACACAACCUCCCAGCCAAUAAGGACUGUACACAAAGACUCUUAGUAUGUCACAGAGGUAAAUGUUUUUGUUAGUAUCGUUUACUCAUUUAUGUAUUUCCAGGUUUAUUUAUUAAUUUUCUUUGUAUUUAUUGAUACUCAUUUUGAUUGCCAAAUCAAUAUAGGUUUUUAUACCUGCAAGUUGUUAUUUUAGUGGAGCAUCUUCCCGGUCCGGACUGUUCAGCUGACCUCAGAGUAUUCAUGAACGUGUGUUUUCUUAAAAGUUUACUUAUUUUGAUAACCUUGUUAAACAUAGGGCUGGGCGAUAAUUCAGGGGUGUGUUUGACCAACUUUAAGCGAUAUUAUAUUGAUCAAAUGUAACUGAAUCCAGUGAAAAGACCAAAUCCAACAAUUAGUUCAUCACUCACAAGUAUCUCCCUAGUCUAAAGUUGGAUAUAUCUUAUUCCUCUGUGCCACCAAGCUCCUUUGUUUUCGAAAAACUAUUAAAGUCAGUGAGCCGUACCUUUUCAUUGGAUGGCAUGUUACAGCACUUCAUUACAAUAAACUUGGGCACUGUAGUUCAUUUCGAGUCAAUCCCUCUUACACUGUCCUGCUGCUGUAAAUACUCACUAGAGCACCAAACGUGUAAUAAUCCACCGCUGAAAAUGGUUUUUACAGAUUUAUGUUUUCAGUAGGAAUAAAGGAGCUCAGGGCUGAGGAAAGUCAGAUAGAAGAUUCAGAAAGACAUUGCCUUUUAUGUCUUUUCAUGGGAUUUGUAGAGAAUUAAAUCACCAGGGAAGGGGUUAGGGUUAGCCCUAUCCUUCAAUGGUCACACUAUUUUAAUCCUUAAAAGUUCAUAAAGGUUUCAUUGCAUUUAUUCUGAUUUUAGACUAUCAGUAUCAAUGUCAUGGGUUUUAUUCCAACCAAAUCGCUCAGCCCUAGACCACAUAUUUGUAAACCAUUAGUAGAGUGCAUUGAACCAAUCGUUUAUGAAUGUUUUUGAAGGCUUUUCAGAAAGGCGCUUUAAGUGAGGAACGAAGACAAAUGUUACUUAGGGAACAGCAUACUACUGAUUUUAUACAGUUGUGUUAACUUUAUUACAAUUGAAAGCUGGCCGUUGAACUCAAAGGAUAGUUAAUGUGAAGUGUAUCUAAAUUAUUUCCAGACACCUUAAGAAAAAACAUCCAAUUAGAGCUGUUGUGUCUUUGUAAAUUGUUCAUGACUGAUACUAAGCCUGCAAGUGUAGCUCCAGGAUUUUUCUUCUCUGUCCCCAUGUGGCCCUUAAUUAUUUCCCAGGGGAGUAUCAGAGGUCAGUGUUUUCUUUAAUAUUCCUCAUGUCGCACUAGCUUUUAUUCAGUUUCAAAUAUUCUCUCCUGGUUUUAAUCAUCUUCCUCGCUCUGUUUGAGGCGAGCAUGUGUGAGUGGGCUGAGCUCCUUUCCAGGCGCUGUACAGUUUGUUCCGUCAGGGCUGCUGACAGGAGAACAAUGUUUGUUUCACCCAUCUUCUCCAAGAGCUGAGAUUAGAUUGCACACUGAAGAAUGGGCAAGGUCUGCUCUUAGGUCUCUUUUAUUUUUUUUUCCAACACAGCACAAUUUUCCCCCAGUAAAUUGGUCUGUGUUUGCCUCACUCUCUACAACAGCAAAACAACAUCUCCCCUGAAGCUAUAGGAUCUCAAUUCGCUCUUUCCCCCGAUGUUGCGCUCUCACUACUCCAAUGUUUCUGCUCCUACAUGGUUGCCUCUCUGUGAUCUUUGCUCUCACUUCAUGCAGUCCGCUGCUUUAGAGAAACUCGUUUUCCAAUUGAAGAUCCUUUUCAAAUUCUCCACCUUGCUUUACGUUGUAAAACAGCACACGAAAAUUAACGCUGCACGUGUUAACUCAUGAUCACAGUGAUCUUCGGAGCAAUUCAGGGCCAUGCUUUGAUAAGAACCUAGUCUUUUUCCAUGUUUAUUUGACCUGUCGACGAUCACUGACGGAUCCUACAUUUGAAUGGCAUCGAGAAGUCACUCACCAAUGCAAUAAAGAGGUAAAUGUUUACGUAACACUGAUGUUUUUUAAAGAACACGAGGUGGUCAUUAAGCAUGCUGCGACGGUUUUAUGAAGCUCUGUUCAGUUUUGCCGAUGCGAUAGCCACCUGCACCGUGUUUUCCCUCCAGGUGUUGUUCAGUGUCACAGAUCAAGACCUUUCGCAGAUUGGCUUGUACCGCCACCUCAAAAUCCUCCUCAGCAAAUCCCCCAUGUGCUCUCCGAAAUGAAAUUAGAAUGCCCACCACCAACACCACAAUAUAGCUUAUUGUUUUUCCUCAGCAUUUCCCUUGGAAAGUCGCUUUUCAUUUUGGUGAAUAAUUCCGUGACCUGCAUGGAUCAACUCCUUGGAGGGGGAUCUCGUUUGAAUGGAUGACGCUCGGUAACACAAUCUACAGUGUGCUUGCGCGUGUGGUAUUCUUUAUGAUGCACACCAUGGUGCCAAUUUAGCCUAGUGUUGCCUGCUUAUGAGCUAUAAACACACAAUGUCACCACAGGGCAUUUAGCUGUUUUACAAGUGUAAAGGAUGGGUUUGAUAGGAGCCAACAUUCGCUAAUAUUUUUCGAGGAGCUGUCUGAUCUUUAUUUAAAAUAAGAUGGCAGCCAAAACAAGCAGCACCCUGCAGAUUUAUGGACAGAUUUACAUCCUGGGGAUCACAACAAAAGCUGCAUAAAUUCCUCAACUGGAUGUCAGCAAACUGCAGCGCACGGCAUUCUUUGCUAUUGGCAGCAGGUUUUGAAACCACCAAUCCGUACUUAGUCCCUGAGUGAACAGUGUGCACAGGAUCAGUUGUUUCAUUUAAUAUCGAAGGAUGUCUCUCCCUCUGUCGAUUACCUACCGCUAAAAUAAAUGGCCAUACUCGCUGUCAAUUUGUCAAGAAUUUCACUCUAGGUAGACCUCUGUGAGAGAGAAAAAAGGAAGAGGGUUGUAAAUCACUUGCAGGCAGGUAAAUGUCUACAUUUGUUUGAUUAUAUUGGCUCUAAGGGUCCGACCCCCCCAAAAGGCUCCAAACAAGAGAUGAAUGUGAAUACGACAUGUGUUCGGAGUUAUAUGAAAUGUGAGCUGUCUUCCAGUGGAGCAUGUACAAAGUGCAUGAACAAAAACCUUUCAGUGGAUAAAAACAACUUUUUUUAGGUCAGGAUGUCAAUUUAUGAUCGUCCAGAUUCUGCUACUUAAAUUAUACUGGGUUUCGUACGUAGAAGCGUAAUCAAUACUACCUUACAACAGGUUGGGAGUUCACACGUGCUGUAGGCCUAUAUUGUCAAGUGGAGCGCGCUUGUGUUUUACGAUGUUGUUUCCGUGUCUGUUUUACUUUCCAUCGUUCUCUAAAUGGUACUGUAUUGUAAGAUGACAUAUAUUUUUUUACACCUAUCAUUUCAAAUGUUGUACUGCAUAUAUUGUAUUCGAAAUGAAAUUAGAUUAAACGAAUGAAUGCC